UGUAUCUCCUGCGUGGCUGGCAAGUACUCUUCAGUAGGAGCGACUGCAUGCUUGACUUGUCGGGCCAACUCCUACAGCGUGGCAGAGAGCUCGCAGUCAGGGUGCUGUGUCAGUUGCUCAGCAGGAACGUAUGCCGCAUCUACAGGGAAAUGUCAAACCUGCCCUGAGUACGCGUGGUCACCUGCUGGCAGCUGGUCGGUGAGCAACUGUACCUGCAAUGUUGGAUAUACAGCAUCAGGAACAACAUGUGUUGCGUGUAGCUCUGGUACGUACAAGAGCAGCCUAGGCAGUCAGGCCUGCACGUCCUGUCCUGUCGGCAAGUCUACGUACGGGACAGGAAGCACGCAAGCGAGCAGCUGUCUGUCGUGUGCAGCUGGGACCUACUCAGACUCGACGAUGAACGAGUGCGUGACGUGUCCAGCUGGGAAAUACUCUGACUCAACAAGGUCUGCGUGCAUCGGCUGUCCUGCUUACAGCUCGUCACCUGCUGGCAGCUGGUCGGUGAGCAACUGCACAUGCAAUCGAGGUGCAUGUGCGGCUGGGAACUACUCUGACGUGUCCGGAAGCACAACGUGCAAGACAUGUGGGCUGGGCAAGUAUAGCUCCCAACCUCUGAUAGGAUCGAGCACCUGCUACUCCUGUCCAGCUAACUCAUACACCUCCUCGCCAGGAUCUUCCAACAUCGAGGCUUGCCUGUGCAACGCAGGCUUCACAGGUCAGAACGGAGGACCCUGCAGCGAUUGCUCAGUAGGACAGUACAAGAGCAGCCUAGGCAGUCAGGCCUGCACGUCCUGUCCUGUCGGCAAGUCUACGUACGGGACAGGAAGCACGCAAGCGAGCGACUGUCAGUGUGCGGCAGGAUAUGCACCCAACGCCUCUUCGACAUUGGGCUGCUCCCAAUGCGCUGCGGGCAAGUACAAAGACUUCACAGACAACUAUCCCUGUUUCUUCUGCGUGUCUGGCAAGUACUCUUCAGUAGGAGCGACCGCAUGCUUGACUUGUCGGGCCAACUCCUACAGCGUGGCAGGGAGCUCGCAGUCAGGGUGCGUGUGCAACAGCGGGUAUGGCGCGACGAGCAUCACCGAGGCCUGUCAAGCGUGUGCAGCUGGGACCUACUCAGACUCGACGAUGAACGAGUGCGUGACGUGUCCAGCUGGGAAAUACUCUGAGUCCACGCAAGGGGCUUGCACUGCUUGUCCUGUCGGUACGACUUCUGUAGCAGGCGCGAUGAGCGCGUCGGAGUGUCUCUGCGGGGAAGGAUACACCAAGUCAGGAUCAAGCUGCACGGCUUGCGACAUCGGGACGUACAAGGACAGCAUAGGGAACUCGGCUUGCCUCCCGUGCUUGGGGGCCGCAAGCUGUCCGAUCGGAGCUUAC